AUUGAAUAGUUUUCUUUGGGGCGAUUCAGAACAUGCUACGUCUUGCCACAAGGGGCGCUAAUGUAUGUUUUUUUGAUAUCUUGCCGUCUUCGUCUUACAUUUGGGAGUUUGAGACUUCAUAACAUUCUGAGUGAUUCAUUGGCACGAGAUGAGUUCAGAAAAAUUUGAGACGUUGGACGAAGACGUACAAGGUUUAUUUGAAGUUCUACAGAGAAAAUGUACAGGUCGCCUAGAACAAUGUUUUGGAGAAGAAAAGAAGCAAAUUAUCGCCGACGUUGAACGAGGUAUAGAUGAGGCACGUCAAGCAAUAUUUGAAAUGGAAGCUGAAGCCAGGGCAGCUCCAGGGUCUUUUAGAAUGGAAAUGAUGGGCAGGGUUCGGAAACACCAAGACACUGCUUCCAAACUUGCAUUGUUGAUCAAAUCUUCCAAACAAGCAGAAAUGUCUCUGGCAUCAUCAAGAGGGGCAAUGUUUGAAAAUCAUUCUGUUGGUUAUAACCAGAAUAGGGGUAUUGAUAAUGCCCUUCAAGCAACUGUUCGCCAGGGUACUGCAGUUUUGGAAAGAACAUCACAGAGCCUCCACAGAACUACACAAGUUGCUUUGGAAAGUGAAGAAAUUGGCACAGGUGUUAUUCAAGAAUUGAGUCAACAGAGAGAAGUCCUUGUUCGCACCAGAGAUAGGUUGACUGUCACAGAUGCAGAGUUGGGAAGAAGUAGAAGGAUUCUUAGAUCAAUGUCCCGUGUUGCUUUGACUAAUAAGCUAGUUUUAAUUGGCAUUAUUCUGUUAGAAAUAUGCAUUCUGGCAGGUUUAGUCUACUACAAAUUUUUUUCCUAAAUUUAAUUGUGAAGUUAUUGUCCUCUGUUUGCCUCAUCAAUUGUUAUAUAUAAAGUUCAUGCCCUUAAGUCUGUAUAAAAACGGAGAAGAAAAAUAUAAUCAUGCGCGGUCGGACAAAUCA